ACGUCUCUGUCUUUUAUCACCACUCUCCAUACAUAUAUACAUCAUCCUAAUACUCUAAAAAAAAAAAAAGAAAAAAAAAAAAGGCAAGACCAGCAAAUCUUCAAAAUCGUCAAGUUAAAUGGCGGAGACCAGUCCUCUCCCAUGCGUUUCCUCCUGCCCCUGGACCACCAGCGGGUCUAUCCGACUUCGAGAUUCGAGGGAGUUCUUUGCAAAUACCUUCCUUUCUCCAAGUAACGAUAAUGUUAUCCAGAGCUUUCUUCGUGAUUCCAUAGAUGCAGCGGUUUCGUUGAAUUCGUGCGAUCGAUGGACAAACGGCAGGUGUCUUCCACAGGCCAGGACAAGGUCUCGGAUCCAGAGGCGGAACACUUUACCAGUGAGGUUCAGCAGCGAAUUUCAAGCAGGGGAGUUGGAAUCUUCCCUGGGCGAAGAGAAUGUUCAGCCACCGUCAACGGUGCCAUCCUCUUCUUCUUUUGCGUCCUUGUCUUGUGAGAAGCAGUCGGACAACCAUCGCCAUCGCUACGACAGCAGUUCGUUCUCUCCCCUGUCGCCUGCGACGACCACCAUCGCUGCGACUGAAGUCCAAGUAGGUGGAAGCCUCCCUUCGGUGCUGGAGAAUCCCCCUCCCUCUCCCCGCGACGAGAACGACGAUCCUUGUCCGUCUGCUACCUCUACCGUUAUGGCCGGCGGGGUUAACGGAAGUAUAGCCACCACUACGAAUCCUCGUCGUACGCGCAGCGAUAUUUCGCGCGAACCCUUGCGCGAGUCCUUGCUGCGCAGCUGCGACUCGUCGUCGGUGAUUAUGUACGCAGGUGGCGAGGGAGAUAACGAUCGGGAUCGGGACAACCGGAUGGAAGGGGAGGCGCGGAUCAUCGGACGGUUGCUGGAGCUCGAAAGCGAGACCAUGAGGCAGCAACAGGAGAACGAACGGUUGGAGAGAGAGAUGAGAGCAUUGCAGGAGAGAGUUAAGGAAGCGGAGGAGGAGAUGGAAACGCGCGAGAAAGAGAAUCAGCGAUUGAUGUUUGAAGAGGCGAAGAGGGCGUCGUUUGUUUUGGAACUGCAGGUCCAGGUGGCAAGCAUCACCGCGCGAGCGAUGGAGAGUGCGAAGGAGGUGGAGGAGAAGAACCUGCAGGUGAAGGAGAUGGAACGAGAGUUGGGAGAUCUGAGAGCGUCUAUCGAGAGCCUGAAGCAACAGCAGGCGAUGGAAGUCGAAAAGCUGAAGGCGGAGCUGAAGGAGAUGACAGCUAAACACGAAGAAGAAGUAGCCAAGCUACGUGAGCAGGGAAUCGAUGUGUCGCUAGGAGCGGGAGGUAGAGUUGUGGGUUUCCUAUCCCCUCCUCCUCCUCCUCCUCCCCUUCAUCGCCGUUCUGCUUCUACUGCCAGCAGUUGGAAUCACGAGGUCUUGGAGGAAGAGAAGAAGGUGCGCGAAUGGGCUUGGGAGAUGGAGUCUCGAUUCGCAAUCCCAUCAUCUGCCCACAGUUGGGAGAAACAAACGCAACCUCAACCUCAACCUCAACCGCAGCAGCAGCAGCACAUGCCAAGCAAAGUAGCCACCACUAUGACGACGACGAGGACGACACCGACGGCGAUGAUGACGGAAUUUUUGCAGGAGGGGGAGAUGAUGAUGAGCUACCUCCCAGGAGAGAACUCGGAGUUCGAUUGCGGCGACUUUUAUGCCGUUGAGAAAGACGAAGAUGAGAAGAUCCGAGCAUGGGCUUGGGAGCUGGAGUCCCGGUCGCUAUCGCAGAGACAAGACGGCGGCAGCAGCUGCAGCAGCAGCUGGAUUAGGAUGCUCAGCGAGGAUAGGGAGAUGUUGACAGCCACCGUAAAGGAUUUGAGGAGGGCGUUGAGCUUGGCGAAGGAGGAGCUCGCAGCCAUCCACUUGGAGAUGGCCAAAGCGUACGACACCAUCGACGAAAAGGCGGUCAGGAUCGGUGAACUUACUAGCGAGGUGGUGCGGUUGCAGUCGGACAUAAGAUGUAAGGUCUCCGAGGAGAAGUCUCGUCGAGGAGCUGUCGAGGAAGUCUCAGAAGAAGGAAAUGGGAAGACGACGGCGAUGGUGGUGAAGACCUCCGCUGCGCAAGAGACAGAGAGAGGAGAAGAAGCUGUAGCAGUCUUAGCAACCGACGUACGGGAAGGAGAAGAAGGACAGCUGGCAGCAUGCCAUGUUGAUGCUGAAGAAGACAGAGAAGGGAAGAAGACGACGGCGAUGGCGGUCGCUCCGCUUGAGGAAGAAGGUCGAGCUUCGCUGCGAGGAGAAGAUAGCGGCGAUGGCGAGGAGAAGGACGACGAGGCCUUGGGGUCGUUUACUGGAUGUGGCUAUGGCGUCGAGGACAUGGAGAAGGAGCUUGGGAGAAUGAGGGAGAUGGUGACGGAGAUGAAGAAGAGAGUGGCAGCUGCGGAGGAGGCGGUGGAGAGGGAGAGGGAAGUCAGAAUGCAAGGCGAGGCCGCGGGCGUUGCCACCACACUGCAGCUGGAGUCGGAGAGCGAGAAGCUGUGCGAAGCUGAAGAUGUCUUGAACUACCAAAUGAUGGAGAUAGAGAGGUUGUUGAGAGAGGUGGACAUGCUGGAAGCCAAGGUAAGUGAGGUGAUUAGAGUGGGGGAGGAGUCGGAGGAGGAAUGGCGCCAGAUCGUGGAGGCAUUGAUGAGGGAGAAGGCGCAGAUGGAGGCCAAUCUUGUAGCCGCUCUGGAGGUGGCGCGCAGUGCCGAGGAGAAAUCGCGUGUUUUGGAGAAGGACAGGAUGGACGCGACGAUGGCGAUGGGGUGGUUGUUCAAUCGAAUGGGAGGAGAGCUGCUGAGAGUGGUGGAUGGGGUGGUGGAGACGGGAGGGGCGCACAUGUUCGCCGGGGUGGAUGUCUGGAAGAAGAUGAAGACGAAGCUUGAGGGACUGCGGAAACUCAUUGUCGCGUUGACCAAUACUACCCCCAGUGCCCCCGCGCCCAAAGAUGGAGGGAAAGGCAGUGGUGGGGCGUCCAAGCUGCAGUCUCUGUCUGCCGCAGAUGCACAGAACCUGGCCAAGGCGGUGGAGCAGUUUGCCAACGUGGCGAUGCCAGCCAUGCUGCUCAUCGGCGUGGAGAUCAUUCAGCAGGCAUGUCCCAGCAAGGCUGUGAGGCCGCAAGCAAACGUGGCGCGAAGGGCAUCUGAUGUCCGCUGCGCAAGCGCGCGCGCGCCCACGCGCAAAGGAUACACGUGUCUCAUUCCGGCACGAAGGGAGAAACACGCCGGACAAAGAGGCAGGGAGAGACGGAGAAGGGGUGAAGAAGAGAAGCAGCAGAGGAGAAGAGAUGACACAAAAGUGGAGACGACAUGCAGAAGAGAUGACGAAGGGAUAGAGAAGCCGAGAGAAGAGGAGGAGCAGAAGAGGAGGAGCAGAGGAGCAGAGGAGGAGAAGAAGAGGAGGAGAAGAAGAGGAGGAGAAGAAGAGGAGGAGCAGAGGAGCAGCAGAGGAGGAGAAGAGGAGAAGAAGAGCAGAGGAGAAGAGGAGGAGAGAAGAGAAAAGCAGGAGGAGCGGAGAAGAGAACUCGAGCGGAGAUGAGAAGAAGAGAAUCUGAUGGAGAUGGGACGAGAACAGGUCGAGGGGACAUGGCAUUGCAGAAGAGAGAGUUUGCUUUUCUUGUUGAUUAUUGUCUCAAGUUAUUGAUUGCAUGAUGUUGCGUGCAUCCGGUCUAUCAUGAUGAUAUAGUUAUGGCCAACUUGACAUCGCGUCUGAUCAGAGUCAUCAGACUCUGACCCCGUCUUGGCCGGCAUUUCACAAACAAAGGGUCCCUAAAGGGGAAACGAGGGCUGAGGGGACCUAGUAUUCAAUGUGCACUGGAGGUUGAAUUGUGUCCAUGCCUCUAGCCGUGACGGUCCUGCUUUUCUGUAAUCAAUACAAGUUGGUUCG